AUGGGCUCGGAAUCGAGAAAAUUUCCCCGUGUCCCACGGACCCAGUUGCUUGCUGGCCCCCAAGCAGUGACUGCGAGCGGGUCUGCCUUGAUCCAGCAGCGGCAAGUUCGCCAGGGUGCUGGACCGCUUUCCAGCGCCAUGCGAGUCGGAGGGGCUCUGCUGCGCACGCUCCAGCACCGCCUCCGGUCAUCGUCUUCCUCCUUCCUCCCGCAACUCCCGCCCCCUUCCUUCCUCCCUCUGUUUCGUACUACCGCUACCUCUGCCAGGCGAACUCCUCACGUGCCGGCAGCCCCUGCUUUCCCGGUCGCGGACCUCCUUGUGAGGUCAGGCUUUCCGGCGGAGUUCCUCGCCGAUUUCACGGCAAAGAACCCUUAUGUCCUAUCUCUCGAUCCCUCCGGGUGCGAGAAAUGCGUGUCGAAACUGUUCUCGUUUGGCUUGUCCCGCGAAUCGCUCGCUUCGGUCCUCUUCUCGAAUCCUGGGGUUUUGGAACCGCGGCGUUUGGGCAAGAUCGAGGCCGUGUUUGCUGUGGUGGAGGACUUCGACAAUUCCUCUGCCAUCAUGCGGAAGGUUUUGGAGUUCUCAGGAAGACUCUCGAUGGAACCUUGCGACGUACGCGAGAACAUCGGCUUCCUUCGCUCUUGUGGGAUCAGCGAGUUCCUGAUUCCGCAUCUUCUUGAGGAAUCGCCAUGGUUGGUUUUCCUGGACCGACGGUUGGAGUUGGAGCCAAGCGCGGGGAUUAUGAGGGACGUGGGAAUGCGAAGCGAGACUAUAACCAGGAUUUUGAUCGAUUUCCCUCAAUUAUUCAAAUUGGGGGCAAGGCAGAUUGCGUCAAGGGUCAAUUAUUUGAAGGGUAUUGGAUUUAGAGCUGAGGAAAUUGAUUCUAUUGUUGGCGAUUUUCCAGCGAUUCUGAAAUUUGGGGUGGAGGAUCGGUUGAAGCCUCUAAUUUCGGAGAUGAGGGAUUUGGGUUUUGGUUUUCUCGAGAUUAAGAAGGCAGCCAUCGAAGAUCCACGAAUUUUCCAGAUUGAAGCUGGGGGAGAAUUGAGUAGGUGCGUGAAUUUGUUGAAAAAAUUGAAAUGUAGAUUGCCAAUCAAGGAGAAGAUUCUUGACAAUGGCGUGCUGAGAGCUAGCGUUGAGGUGAAAUUGAGAAUUGAUUGCCUUUGCCGAAGUGGGCUGAGCCACAGAGAUGCGUUCAAGUUGUUGUGGAGAGAGCCUAGGAUUAUCAUUUAUGAUUUAGAAGAUGUACAGAAAAAGAUUAAUUUUCUGACGGACGAAAUUGGGGACCCGAUCAGCCUCCUGGUCGAAGUUCCGGAGUAUUUGGGUGUUAAUCUUGAGAGGCAGAUUAUUCCUAGAUACAAGGUCGUUCAGUGGCUGAGGUCACAUGGUGGGCUUGGCAUUGAGGUGGGAUUGAAAGAUCUAGUGAAGUCUAGCAGGCACAAGUUUUACAAUUUCUUUGUCAAACCGUAUCCGGAAUGCGAAAGGAUCUUUGGGAAAAUGAACAGGGAGGCGGUUCCGAGGAGCAGGCCGGCGGUUGAACUAUCCCAAUUGCUUAAGCCUCAAAAGUAUAAGGAAUGUGAGAAGGACUCUGAAAACAUAAAGAUGUUUAUGAAAUCUUUGGUUUAGUUCUCUCUGGAAGAUUCUUAAGGGAGUUCGAUCAGUUUUCUCACAGUAGCACUUCCACCUUCACAUCUGUAGGGCCAUGAGAUGGUAAGAUAAUUCAAAGGUAAGAUGAGAUAGUCAUGGGGACUUGAGAGCAAGGAAACGAGAAAAGGCAGAAGAAGAAAAAGGAGGAGCGAUGUCAAUUUGGAGUUAUGGUGGUUGGAGCAAAUGUAGUUCACUCAUUAUGAUGUUAUGUACAGAUAAAUAUAGUUCCUCCUGGAUUGAAGCGAUGCUCGAUCUAGCUUAUCAUAAUGAGCCGGAGAGCAGUUAACCUAUGCUUAAUGAAGUCAGCCUUAAUCAGCGACAUCCUUCUAAUUUCAAAGUUGACAUUCUCGGAUUCGUUGACUGAUGCCGAACUGCAGACCUGUCUAAUGCUUCCAGUUACAUAUUCUGAACAGCAUGUUUCUUAAAUUCUCGACGUGGUUGGGUUCAUGACCUUUUAUCGAAGCAAUUUCUGAAGGAACCAAGUAAUGGGGGCUUCUAGUGGAGGUCUGUAUGGUGGGGAAGGUCAGAAAGAGCGAGCGAGAGAGAGAGAGAGGCCCCUCUUGAAGGCUCGGGGCUUGUAUUUUCAGAUGUACUGACUGUUACAAGUGAUAUGGAGACAGCGAACUCAUGAAAGUUGUACACUCCUCUGUUCUAAUAGUGGAUUUCUUGCUUUUCCUUUGCC